AUGAUUAUAUACUGUUUCUGUAUUGCAACUUAUCGCAGUGUUAAUUAUUUGCUGGAUCUGCAUAUUUCAGUCGCUUCUUAUUUCUUCGGCUUCAUUUGGUGUGCUAAUAUACGGGAUUGUCGUGCUCUAGUCGGACUUCAACUAGCGUGUGAACAAACAUCUAUGUGCUACGUACGGAGUAUAGUUAUAGUCUUCCCACAUUACUUGGAAAUGUUAUAA